GUCUCCACGCCAUCUUCAGCUCUUAUCCAACCAGAUUGCAUGUAAGGCCAUGACGUUUGAAGUUAUUGUUGUUGACUUCUCCAAAAUAAGAGGGCUUUGGGAAACACGUGUUAAGAAGCACAAAGAGCAAUGCAAAAAGGAGGAGCAAAGGAUACAAACUAGUGCCUUGCAAAAAAUUAAACAAGAAUGGAGCUUCAUGCUGGAAUGCAGACACAGAGCAAUACCCCAAUCUGAAUACUUAAAUAAUGGGUUUGUAGACAUUACUCUUAACAUACAGAAUACACAUCAGAGGAAUUUUACUGUCUGCAAAAGUCCUUCCACAGAAGAAGAACCUCAAAAAAACAAAUUUGUUUUUAACCUUUAUGGAUCAGAGUGGCAGGAGCUUCCAGAUUACCUAAGAGAACAGACAUACCUGAAAGAAUGGCAUAUUCACAAAACCCUCAUACAAACCAUUCCAGACUAUAUUCAGACAUUUGAAGACAUGAAAGUUUUGGAUAUGUCACAGAACAAACUAAAACAUCUUCCUCCUGAAAUAGGAUGCCUGAGAAAUUUGAGAGAACUCAAUGUUAGUUUCAAUAAUCUAAAAAACAUACCACCUGAGCUGGGAGAUUGUGAAAACCUUGAGAAAUUGGAUGUUUCUGGAAAUUUAGAACUCACAGAAUUGCCUUUUGAGUUGAGUAAUUUGAAAAAGGUCACUUUUGCUGAUUUGUCAGCAAACAAAUUCUCUUCUAUUCCAAUUUGUGUCUUACGGAUGUCAAGUUUGCAAUGGUUGGACAUCAGCAGUAAUAACUUAAAGGAUCUUCCACAGGACAUAGACAGAUUAGAAGAACUUGAGACCUUACUGAUGCAAAAGAACACAUUUACCUAUUUGCCGUUUGGACUUAUCAAUCUUUCUAAUUUGAAAUUAUUGGUCGUCAGUGGUGACAGCUUGGUUGAAAUACCCUCUGCACUUGAAGACAAUCCCUCCUUGAAAUAUAUCAAGCUACUUGAUAAUCCCAUUGAAGUAAAUGAAAACUUAGAUAUUGAAAAUGAAGAUGAAAAUAAUCAAGACCAGCUACAGUUUGAGAAAGAAUUUAUGAAAGCCUACAUUAAAGAUCUUGUUAAAAGAGAUUCUGCACCCAGCUAUACCACAAAGGUGUCUCUUAAUUUACAGAUUUAAGCAAGAGAAAGUGGUAGUCCAAAGAACAACUCCAUGCCGGUGCCUUCCAUCCAAAAACUCUUCCUUUACAGUUGUCUUUAC